UGUUGAUUGAGGGUGGGGUUAAAGAAAAGGGGAUACAUCUGUACUCCUAGAACUAUUUCGGUUUCGUCCGGCUACUCGUCUCCCGUACGGGAGACGAUAGUUCUAGGAGUACAUGAACUGUAACGGGAAAUAACUGUAAUAAUAAUUUAUGGAGAGAAGAACGCCAAGUGUAGCUCAAUUUGAUGCAAUACAGUUUGCCAUUUGGACCAUCGAAUUGAGUUUUGUUUAACUGUCUAGCCUUGCAUUUGCAGUCUGUCAAAAUGACGGCCCCCUCCUCCCAGUCCCACAACCAAAAACAGCAACUCGAAAUGCAGCGUGUGGCCGCCGGUCUUGCUGCCGCCGUGUUUUACGGCGUCUGCUCCGGUUCGAUGUCGUUUAUCAACAAGGCCGUUCUUACCACUUACGACUUUGAUUUCCCGUGUUUUAUCAUGUUUUCUCAGAUGAUUUUCACGGUGACUCUGCUGACCUUUCUAGGAAAGAUCAGUCAAGUUUCCCUACCGACUGCCUCCGUUCACAACCUCAAGAUUUGUUGUCUUCCGUCAUUAUUCUGGCUACUCCACGCCGUACUUGCCCUACAUGCCUUGAGUGGGAUGAACAUCGCCAUGUACACCGUACUAAAAAGAUGUGUGCCUCUGAUGAAUCUGUUGUUAACGCCUUUACUGAUGAAGAAAGGAACCCCAAGGCUGGCUGUGGUGGGCUCUGUAUUGAUGAUGACUGCUGGGUGCUUUUUUGCAGGAAUGGGAGAUCUGACCUUUGACCUCCAAGCCUACACCUACGGAAUGUUGAGCGUAGUCUCCCAGUCCCUCUACCUAACCCUCGUGCAGAGCAUCGGGAUGCAGCAAGACGCUUUCUCCCCAGCGGGCAUCAUGUACCUCAACUGUCUCAACUGCCUUCUGCCGCUUUUUGCUGUCUUGUUCCUAUCCUCAGAGAUCUCGGGUAUCAUGGACUUUGAGGACCUGUCUUCCCCGAGGUUCCUCAUGAUCUUCGCCCUCGUUGUCUCAAUGGGGUGCGUUCUAAACUACGCCAUCUUCCUAUGCACUAUCUUGACCUCUGCCCUCACCACGAGUGUCGUGGGGGUCAUCAAAAGUGUCGUUGUGGUGGCAGUUGGGAUGUUUACACUCGGAGGGGCGCCAGUGACUUUACUGAGCACAAUCGGGAUCUGUAUGAACACGCUGGGUAGCAGCUGGUACACGUACGACAAGUACCGGGCAAGGAUUGUAAACAAUGGCGAAGUGGACAGUGUAUCAACGAGUAAAGUUUCUACAGCUCCAGCAACCGGGAAUAUAAAUGGGUUUCACAGCUAGAAAAUUGUCGUAAAUUAUUUCGCUUUUUCAGAAACAAGUUUGUUUGUCACCAAACUAUUUAUUUAUAAGGAGGGUAGGAGGGUGUGGUCACAGGUAGUGAUUGGAAGGGGGCUAUAAUGUGGCUGAAACAUAACAUACAUGUAUGACCUCUGACCUGUAUUACAACUCAAUUUCAUUUAAUAUCGCACAAGGUUCACUGUAUCAUUUGCUAAAAUGUUUUAAUUUUUUUGUAUAAAUGUCACACAGUUAACUUUUUAUUCGUUUGACACUGAAAGGUAACAGGUUUACAAAUGUGAUUUUACAAGAUUUUUCUAUUUUGACUGAGUUUACUUUUACACAUGUUUUGUUGUUGUCCAGUCCCACAUUUCAUAAACGAAUGUCAGCUAAAAACUAGAGGGCAAUUUGCCAAAUUGAAAAUUAUCUUGAUAGUAUUUUGUUUACCGGGGUAGAGUGUCAAGAAAACUUUUAUUUGAGAGGGGGUGGUGGGGGGAGCCAGCUUGGUGACUUGCCAAAGACCAAUUUUGUCCACCAUUUUUAAGAACGAUUAGAACCACACUGUAUUCAAUAAGGUCACAGAAAUAAACCUUUUUUUUUUCGCAAAUGAGUUUAAAUCAGAUAGUUUUGAAUUAACAGCUUUCUACAUCUCAAAGUAAGUGUUUAGUAGUAUUUUUAGAGGAAUUACCAUAGGUAUACCCACCCUUUAAAACAACGGACGCUUAUUUUAACUUAAAGUAUUCAAAUUAUACAUUUAUUUUAGAUUUUUGAAGGAAACGCCAAAAUUGUUAUUGGUUUAUUUUUAUUGGUAGUAAUAAUAAUAGUAUUAUAUUUUCACGUACAGUAUUCCUAGUGUAUACUUUGACAUUAACAAUGUUAUUACUUUAGGAAACAUUUUUUCAGUGCUCAAAGGUUUAUUAUAGAAAGUUAACUUAGAGGGGCUCCAUGGUCAAAUUCAAUUUUGUUCUGCAUUCAUUUUUCCAAUAGAUAGAGUCCUUCUGGAGAAGACAUUACAAAUCUCUAGAUUCUUGUGUAAAAUAGUGUAAAAUUAAGUAGCAAUGCAAAGGUUGUGGGUUUGAAUCCCCCUCAGCGAUUCGCCUGUGGAUUUUUUGUCUCCACAGAACUCGGGGAGAGUACACAGAGCAAAUGCACAUCGGUGUAAGGGUUUAAAAACAAAUAACAUUCUUUAUCUCCAAUUUGCAAAAUCUAUUGAGACAUUUUAUUUUAUACUCAUUUGAGCGAACAUUUGAAACAUGAAGUAACUGGAAAUCAACAAUAAUGUACAGACCUGUGUCUUGUGGAUAUUGAAAUGUGAUGGAUUGGAUAAUUUGGGACGUUGACUAAUUUUGCACUUGGAGGGUGUCACAUGCAUGUACAUGGGCAAUAUUGGUAUCACUUUAAAGUGAUGUAAGAGACUUCUAUCUACUGAGUCUAUCUACUGAAAUUUGAAAUUUGAAUUUUUUGAGCCCCUCUUAUUUUUUUUUUUUUAGUAAUGAUCGUAAAUAUUGUUGUUUGUUCUUUUCAUCUUGUUUUUAAAAAGAGGUGUUAGGAUUUUUAUUUUCCAUUAUAUGACUGUAGUUUAUUAAUGACAUUGAAAAGUACUUGUUGGUAAGGCAUCUUCGCAAAACCUAUUCAAGGAUAAAAUGCAGGAAAGUUUUAUACACAAAGAGUAAACCAGUUUAAAAGUUUAUUUCGAUCAAAAAGUUCCUGGCUACUUUAAUACAUGUAUGGUGACACAAUCGUUGCUCGAAUUCAUUUGUUGUUGUCAUAAAUUCAUGAUAUUUAUCUUGAUCACUUUCAUCAGAAAAUAUUUUUUUAUUUUUCUACUAUAAACAUAAUGCAUCAGGAACAUUGAAUUUUGCAAUAAAAGAAUCAACAUGAGAUGUUGUUUCCUCAUCACAGUA